GUGCUAUGCCAGUGUCACGUCCGCAUUUGGAAUCUCACUAAGAAGGGUCACUCGUCACCGGUCCCUCUCUUCCAGCAGCCAUCGUCCCCUCCUCUUGCCAUGGCCUCCGCUGUGCUCUCGGCGGACGAGUUCAGCUGCCCCGUGUGCCUGGAGACCCUGCGGGACCCGGCCACCCUCCCCUGCGGACACACCUACUGCCUGCCCUGCAUCCAGAAGCACUGGGACAAGGGGGAGGCCAAGCAGGUGUUCAGCUGCCCCCAGUGUCGGCAGACCUUCACCCCGCGACCUGUACUGGCCAGGAGCACCUUACUGGUAGAGGCCAUGGAGAAGCUAAAGGUGAGGGGUGGGCACGAGGAUACCCCCCACUCCAUCUCCUCAGCACCACCAUCUAUGCCUGUCUGUCCCCCCAAUGGUUCAGUGGAUGCCCGCCUUUGUGAGGGUGGCAUCUACCCACAGCUCCCUGUAAACCCCUGGGUCUGCCCUGAACACCAGCGCCCCCUGGAGCUUUUCUGCCGAGAUGACCAGGAGUCUGUCUGCACCGCAUGUAGAGACGUGGGCCACAAGGGCCACCAGGUGGUCGCCUCAGAGGCAGAGAGGACAGAGAGACAGCGGCAGCUGGUUGAAAUGCAGGCCGACACACAGAGGAGGAUCCAGGAGAGGGAGCGGGAACUGCAGCUGCUACCAAUAGCUGCCCGGGCCCACAAGGUCUCGUUGCAGGCUCUGCAGCGUGACGCCGGGGAAGUCUUCGCCGAGCUGUCGCGAAGCGUGGAGCUGAUGGGCGGUCAGGUGCAGGAGCUGCUCGGCGCUCACGGGGCCGCAGAGGGCAGCCGCGCAGAGGGGCAGAUCCACAGGCUGGAGCAGGACCUGGCGCAGCUGCGCAGGGUGGAUGAGGAGCUGCGCAGACUUACACAGAUGCAGGACCCCGUCUGCUUCCUGAAGAAUUUCCUGGCCCUCGAUGUACCACUCUUGGAUGGAGCUGGACGGAUGGUGGGGUCCAGCACUGAGGUUGCCAUGUUUGGGGGAGUAAGGGCCGUGCUGGAGGAGCUGAAGGACCAGCACCAGGGGCUCUGCAAGGCUUACCUGGCCCGCAUCUUCCGCAUAGUGAACGACUCAUCGGCUCAGGCACAAAUGCCAGUGACCUCAGACACGGAGGUGGAGCCACUUCAGGGAGGUGGAGGAGCUGAGCAGAGGGCAGAGCCAACCUCUCAACGCCCAGUAGUGAAUGAAGCAGUAGUUAACCUCCUUCAGAACCCAGAGCCCAAAACCAGAGAUGAACUUUUAAAAUUCCGCUUUGAGCCGACACUGGACCCCAACACCGCAUACCGCCACCUGCGCCUCUCCGAGGAGAACCGCAAGGCCACUCUCCGGGCCGAGACCCAGACGUACCCGGAGCACCCCGACCGCUUCCUGUUCUGGAGGCAGGUGUUGUGUCAGGAGCCCCUGGCAGGGAGCCCCUACUACUGGGAGGUGGAGUGGACCGGGCAAAAGGUCACUAUCGGCGUGGCCUAUGCAGGCAUGGGCAGGAAGGGCUCAGAUGACAGUUGCCGGCUGGGACACAACGACCAGUCCUGGGCUCUGUACUGGUCUGGGACGAGCUUCUCACUGUGGCAUGCUGGGAAGGAGACAGCGGUGCCCGGGCCAAAGGCCCGCCGGGUUGGGGUAUAUCUGGACCAGCAGUCCGGGGUCUUGGCAUUCUACAGAGUGUCUCACAACCAAGCCCAGCUCCUUCACAGGGUUCAGGCAGAGUUCUCUGGGCCGCUCUACCCUGGGUUCAGGUUCUGGACUGGAGUAGGUGCCACUGUGACUGUCUGCCAGCUAGAUUAGUUGGUGCCAGUCUAAUCUAGAUGACAAAUAAUUGUGAGCUUCAAAAAAAAAAGCACCUGCUGAAAGUCUGUAAUUCAAAUAAUGUUACUUAUAAGAAGGUUCAGGUACAACCCGACUAGCAAUUUGCUACUCUACAUGUUGUUAGCCCAUCACAUUCCUGUAUUUUUUCCUUUCUUGUUUUUUCCUUUUCUGAAAUCUUUGCUCUCAGAUGUUAAAAUAUCACUUUCAUAUGUACACCUUAAAAUGACAACAAAUAAAAAUGAAAUA